AUGUUCGUUAGGGAUGAACCGGUCGAGGAGUGGGAAGACCCGAUAUAUGAACCACCCAUGAAUUUGGAUGUCAUCGCUAAUCUGAAUGUGUGCCACAACUUGGCUGAUGCAAUGCACAAGAUGGGACUAGUGAACUUCGAAGCUGAAUGCCCACCUGGAGCACUCGAUAUGGGCAGCACAGAUCAAGGCAAGGUUACCUACAGAUGUCCUGGCAUCCACGCAGGGUACUUUAUUACCGAUUCGGUGAUCUCGAACCACACCAAAAAAUUCACCAGUGUGGCCGACAGUCCAGAGGCCGAGACAAAGACCCUACAGUGUGCUGCUGGAAUGGGCAUGGUGGCUUCAGCCUUAUUCUUGGAUAAGGAUUUUGCGAGAAGAGUUCAUUAAGAGUGGCAAGAGGAAUUGUGG